UCCAACCUUGGCUCCAAGCUAACAAAUCAAGUGGCUGGAUUCCUGUUCAAGGCAAAUCGUUUGAUUAGCACCCCCGAACCAAAACCGACCUCUGGAUUCAAACGUAAACAAAUGGAAAAGACCUGUGAGUGUGUGAUCGGAGCUCCCGAAUGGGAAUCGGAAUCGGAUACAGGCAGUGUGGGAUGCACUGAGGAGCCGAUGAAAUCGAAACCCGACGAAAGCUCUCUCCAAACCGAUAUGAGAAUUCUAAGAAAGUCCGCCUCCGCAGGCUCUCACCGGUUUAUCAACGGUAAACUCAUUCCAUGCGAUGGUGUGACAAAUUCCGAAAACAUACAAAACCAUACCCCGUCCGAAGUAUCCACCACGGCCAGCACAAUCAGUACAGCGUGUACACGUGUUUAUCUGUAUGAGGCGCUUGUACAACCAAAACAUCGGUCCCGAUUGUGGGAUCAUAUGCAAUUUUGGGAGGAUACGUUCUUUGAUACGGUUGCACAAGAACGAGAUAUGAUGGGACUAGAUCAGGCUCCGAUGGAAAUGCUGGAAAAAUUUUACAAUCUGACACCGACAGAGAAACGCAUUUUACAGUGUCAAGAAGAUCGCUUGCUGGCUACAUGUCUGUACAAUCUGAUCGGUUGUAUGCUCAUGAUGAAGGUAGAUCGAGAAGCAAUACGUACACGCAUUCGACGAAUUCAAGCUCGUUGUCGCCUUGGGUCGUAUUUUUCGAAUACACUAUCGCACUUGCUAGAUCAGCUACAAUAUCUCGAAGGAAAUGCUGUGGACUUGCUUCCUACAGUGACCAGAUGCAAUUGCUUGCACACGUUCCAUGUGCAGAAAUCCAGCGGGAAUUCCGAAGAUUGCAAAAUCUUUGAGAUUUAUAAAAAUUGCAUUAUUCUUCGAGAUCUGACUGGAGCCAUUAUCAAUCGAAUGGAUUGUAACUCUUCUCUCGGUGUCAUGCUGUCGGCCGAUGAACAUGCGAUUGUGUUAACAAUGAAACGUAACGGAGUGGAUGUGGCUGAAAGCUAUUACAGCCACCAGGCAAGACAAAUCUAUGAUGCUGUGAAAAUCUGGUUGGAUUCGGUCCGAGAACAAGCGGGCAACCUUUAA